AUGACCAAAUCCAAGCUUCCACUAAUCGAGGAGCUUGAUCUUCUCAAAGAUAUGUAUCCGGAACUACAAAUAGAUUCUGAAGUUGAUGAUACUAAAUGCAUAACAGGGUCCCUACUAUUCAGCAUAUCAUUAUUAAACGACCUAAAAGUUACCUAUAAUGAGAAGCAGAUAAUUUUACCAAAAUUACUACAGGAAAGAAUAGUAUUCAAUGUUGAUGUACAACUAUAUCCAGAUCUCCGACGUGGGUUGACCUUAAGGUUGGAAUCACAAUGGAUGUCGCACGAUGAUAAAAGCAAGUUGUUGAAUGCUUUACAUGCAGAAUUUGACGAAGUUACUGAUCCUUCAAGCACGAUUUAUGAUCCGUCUAGUCCAAUUUUGAUGCUUACCUUUGGAUUUCUGAUAUACGACUCUGCAUCUAUUCUAUUUGACGAUUACAAGAAGUUUUGCUCCACGGAAGAAGAAUUUGAGUUAUACAGAAUUGUUCAAGCUGGAGCAUUAGAGGAGAAAAGGGCUAGGGAAAAUUUUGACUGUUCUAUAUGUAUGGAGGAGAAAAAAGGUAAUAAAAUGAUUGAAUUGCCAUGUGAAGGACAUCAUCAUCUGUGCCGGAGUUGUACAAAAACGUACUUUCCCAAGAUGAUCGAGGAAGGAAACAUUAUAAAUGUAAGAUGCCCUGAAUGUAAGUUUGAAGAAUAUGAUAUGAAUACUGCCAACAGUUUUCAAAUGCUGAAGGAGAAAUUAUUUAGGCCGUCGAUUCCAUUCGAGUUUUUUGAAGGAAUACUGACAGAUGAAGUGUGCGAAAGGUAUGAAAAGUUGUUUUACGAACAAGCAGCCAUAAAGCUAUCAAAGCAUUCCCCACACGCAUGUUGUAUUUGUCCAAGUUGUAAGACAUGGUGUGUUAAGGAUGAUUUGGACGAACUAAUGAUAGUCUGUAACAAAUGUAAAUUUGCAUUUUGCUUUGACUGUCUACAUUCAUGGCAUGGAUAUAAUAAUCGUUGUGGGAAGAAACUUAAGAUUCCACUAGAAGUCAUCGAAGAGUAUUCCGAUUUAGGCUCCGAUCAUAUGGUACGGAAAAGGCAACUAGAAGUUAAAUAUGGUAAGCGAAUCUUGGAAUUAGAAGUAAAGGAAUAUAUUGCCGAUAAACUUUUUGACAUGGCCAUUGAACAAGAAGGAUCUAAUCUUCAAAGAUGUCCUAAAUGUAGGUUGGUAAUACAGAGAAGUGAAGGUUGUAACAAGAUGAAAUGUGCUGUAUGUGGAACGUCAUUUUGCUUCAUAUGUGGCACUGUUUUGGAUCCAAAUGACCCAUAUGAACAUUUUAGGGAAACAGAAUCAUCUUGCUAUGCACGCCUGUUUGAAGGAAUGCCUGGCUCACAAGACGAAUGA